GCGGGGGAAGCGGAGCGGCGGCGCUGCCAUUCCCCGGCUGCGCGGCCGCCUCCUCCCCUCCGCCUCUUCCUGGCCGCGGCCAGAGGAGCUGUGCUGGCAGCGGGGAGGCGGCGGCGGCGGCGCCCAGCUCUCGGCCCGCCAUGGCGAUCCGCAAGAAGAGCAACAAGAACCCGCCUGUGCUGAGCCACGAGUUCAUCGUGCAGAACCAUGCGGACAUCGUGUCCUGCAUGGCCAUGAUCUUCCUGCUGGGGCUCAUGUUCGAGAUUACAGCAAAAGCAGCAGUCAUUUUCGUUACACUUCAGUAUAAUGUUACCAUUCCUGCCACAGAAGAACAAUCUGCAGAAACAAUCUCUCUCUAUUACUAUGGCAUCAAAGACUUGGCUACAAUUUUCUUUUACAUGCUUGUAGCAAUAAUCAUACAUGCUAUAAUUCAGGAGUAUGUACUGGAUAAAAUUAACAGGAAAAUGCACUUUUCAAAAACAAAGCAUAGCAAGUUCAACGAGUCUGGGCAACUUAGUGCAUUCUACCUUUUCUCCUGUGUUUGGGGAACGAGUAUUCUUGUCUCUGAGAACUAUAUAUCAGAUCCGACCUCUCUGUGGAGGGACUAUCCACACACUCUGAUUCCGUUUCAAAUGAAGUUUUUCUACAUCUUACAGUUGGCAUACUGGUUUCAUGCUUUUCCAGAACUGUACUUUCAAAAAACUAAAAAAGAAGAUAUCUUUCGCCAGAUUGUGUACAUUGGACUUUACCUCUUUCAUAUUGCUGGAGCCUAUCUCCUGAAUCUGACCCAUCUUGGACUUGUUCUUCUGGUAUUGCAUUACUUCGUUGAAUUUCUUUUCCACAUAUCCCGUCUUUUCUACUUCAGUGAUGAAAAAUACCAGAAAGGAUUUUCACUGUGGGCAGUUCUUUUUGUUUUGGGAAGACUUCUCACCUUGAUUCUCUCAGUCCUCACUUUUGGCUUUGGACUGGCAAGAGCAGAAGAUCAGCAGCUGAAUUUCAGUACUGGGAACUUCAAUAUCCUGGCUGUUAGAAUCAGUGUGCUGGCCUCCAUCUGCAUGACUCAAGCAUUUAUGAUGUGGAAGUUCAUUAAUUUCCAGCUUCGGAGGUGGAGAGAGCAUUCUUCUUCUCAGCCUCAGUCAGUGAAAAAGAAGUUUGUAUCAGCUAAAGGAAAGACCUCCAGAAAAGAAAGAGAAAAUGGAAUAAAUGGAACAGUGACCUCAAACGGAGCAGACUCGCCUCGCAGCAGGAAGGAUAAAUCCUCGUAAAACUGGGUUUUAUUAAGUUAAUUGACUAAUGUCCCCAAAGAAUCUGCUUUUUACAUGGAUGGCCCUUCAGCACUAGAGAUAUUAUGGAUUAAAGAAAAUACAAUUCAUGUUUUUUGAUUAUUGCUGUUGUUUUGAGAAACUUUUUUUAAAAAACCAUUUUGACUAAGGGAAAAGGUUUAUCUCUCUUCAAAUACUUGGGGGGAGGAUUCAACACUUUUUAAAAAACAUUGACACUUUUUUAAAUAUUUACUGUGAUGAAAUAACUUACUUAAUGAGGAUCACUGUUGCAGUGUAUUAUUUCCUUCCAGUUUUUGUAAUCUUGGUGAUACUGUUCUACCAACUUCACUUUUUCCAAGUUCCUCAAGAAGUAUUGCAAAAUUGAAGUAAAAAUAUAGUAUGCAUUUUCAGAUACUCUGGGUUUACAGUUAAUUACCUUGACUCAAAUUUACAUUUCAGUUUGGGAUUCCAAGACCACACCAAUAGGCCACUUUAUUUGGUAGUUACCAGCUGCACAAUGUCUGCUCUAAUUGCCCCAUAUCAUUAAAACAAAACUGAACUAAUUGGAAAUGUUGCAGAGUCUUAUUGUUUAUUGGUUAGACAUCUCUUACAAGGAGCACAACACCUUUUUGAGAUACAGCUUUUAGCUAUCUCUAUAUAUAGCUACCUGAAAAUUAGAAGGGAGGGUGUAUGGUCAUAGAAGGAGUUGAUUUGAGUAGCACUGUCCACUUCUGUCUGUGCUUUUGGAGUGUACUUAUCUUGGAGAAUUAGUGUGUGUUGGACCUUCUCUGAAACCUUGUCUGCCUGAUUGUACGGGUGGAGGUUAUUACAAAGUGUUGUGUUUGUUUUGGGAGGCAAUUAAUGCCCCCUGAAGACAGAAUUAGAUAAAUGGAUCAAGUGAUGAGAAACAUUCCUUUAUUCUAACUGCUUUGCUUUGUUUCACCUCUCUUAGGAAAUAGUUUGAUUUCUUCUAUAUAUAUUUUUAUGAAAAAAUAUUUAAAAGCUACAGCUUCUUAAAACUGAUUUAUUGUGACCUCUGCUAUGACUGGAAAAAUCUAAAUUUAAGAAUUUUUUCAUUAUCUUUCAUAAUUGUAUUCACUAUGAAACUUUGUCCAGUUAGUUUUCCAGUUUAAUAUGCAGAUAAUGUUUCCUCUGUACACUUUUGUAAUGGGUAUAAUUCAACCUGUUUCACUUGAGAAUGAGUGAGACAGUUAUUGCAGUCUUAAGAAGUUGCUGAAUUAGUCUAUCAAGUUAACCCAAGUAUUGAACUGCUUAUUGAUUAAGGAGUAAUUAUGAGCAAUCAACCUGAUAAAUAAAAUAAUUUUAAUUAAAAACUGUUACUAUAAUUGAGUUUAUACCCAACAAAGUGAUAAAUCUGCAUUCUGUAUUUUCUACAGUUCAAUUGCUUACUAUUCAGAAUAAACGUUUCUAGUACAAAAUCCUCACUACAAGCAACUAUCCAUUCUUCAGUUCUUUAGUGCUAUUUAGAAUUAUUACAGUAUAAUUUAUUACAUGUUUCAGCUGAUUACAGUCACAAUUCCCAAGUAUUUGGUUCACAGCUCCUGAAGUGGACUUGGCAGACUUGUACUUGCUUAGCUUGAGAACUCUGGGGCAGUGUGCCCUGUAAAACACCCAGUCUGCUUCAGCAGAAGUAGGGAUCCCAUGUAUUGGGGUUGGAAGGGGUAGAACUGUGAAUCUGUCCAAUCUGACCAUGAAACUGGAAAACUGGAACUCGGAAAUUUUGAGAGAAUCGUGUACAUUAUAUACUUGUUGUUCAAAAUGAUGUUUUGUGUCUGAUGUUUCUAGAAAAACCUUCACAGAUUCUGUGUGCCUUGCUCUCAACUUGUACCUUAAGCCAAAGGGGGUAAAUUUUAAGUGUCUAGUCUGGUGCUUGGACUCUAAAUCAGUUUGCUUGUGAUAUCUGGUUGUACUGGGGCUGAAAGAAACAUAAAGGGUGGAGGAAAAAAUUAUGAAGAGCAUUUAAGGUACUUCUUGAGAUCUUCAAGACUUAUAGGAGUCUGAGGGUUGUAAUAGUUGUUUCCCUAAGGCAAACUCAAAUGUAAACCUCAUUCUUUGGCACAGUAGUCUUGAAAUGUAAACUUCAGGUUAGUUUCCAAAAACUUCAGAAGAAUAUAUUCUUGACUGUUAAUACUGACAUUGCUUUUUGUCUCCUUUUGGCCUUAUGGACAGACAUUCUUGUCCUUUGGAUAUUUACAGAAGCACUUUUGUUUCCACAAUGGCUUAAUAUUCAUCAUUGCCUUAUAGGAGUUGUUGGUAUCUGCCAAGUAAUAGAAAGUAACAACAGUUGUUCUAGAACUUGGUUAGAGUAUUGGAAGCCAGUAUUUUCUGCUUCUUCUCUCAUAACAAAAAAUACAUAUUUAUCAUGUUUGAUGAGGCAAGAGCAGUAAUUUUUAAUUAUCUGCCUUGGGAUGGAAACACUCAUAAACUUAGAAGAUAUUGAGACUUCUAUUUCUAGUUUGAUAUUAUUUGUUUUAGUGUAAGAGUACUGUUUGGCUGGAUAACUUCUUUUGAAUUGCUUAAAAUUGAUUUUCAAAUGUUAUUGCAUUUUUGGCUCUUUGUUUGUAAUCUGGGAUUCAGUAAGAUGGAAGAAGAUUAGUUGUCUAAUCAUAUUUUCUUAAUUAUGGCAUCAAGAAAAUUAGAAAUGGAAAUGACUGAGGAGUUCAUUAUUAUAUCCUACACCAAAUAAAAUAGACAGUAGUUAAUUUAUCCUCAUCAAUUACCAGGUCCCACAAAGGGAAAGCUUUGUCCAUUUAGAUGGAUUUAAAUUAAAUAAUUACACAGACAGUGGGUAGGGUUUGUUGAGUUUGUUUUUUUUCUUAAACCUCCUUCUCUUUGCCCCAUCUUGUCAAAACUUUUAAAGAUUUAGCAACAGAUUAUUUCAAACCUUUUUUGACCCCCAGAUGUAUGUUUGGUUUAUGUGCCAGAAUAUUCUCUCAAAAGCAGUAUUUUACUUUUAAAGUGGUUCUAUUUAAUUUCAAAGUACAAACAAGGAAUGCAGAGCAGCUGAAAUUAAUUUUCAGAGUUUUAGUUUUCAUCUGGACACUUUCUCCUUGACUGGUUGCAAACACUGAUUUCUCUUGUGUGAAUCAUUCAUGAAUGUGGAAAUACUCUUUGGAAAUACUGUUUUUCUGGUGAUCCCGUUCCCAAACUUAGGAAUGGUGAUGGAAUUUGCUGAGCAUAGAAAAUGCAUAGACUGUUUCUUCUAACUUUAGGUAAUGCUGAAGUUCAAUUUUGUAUGUUGAGAUAAUGCAUUUAGAAAAUCAGCAGUUAUUUGUAAGCUUUGUUUGGUAUUUUUUUAAAUACUUUUUUCUUUGAAAAUUUUAGUUGUAUUUAUGGAGUUACAGUGCCCAGAAAC